GAAGAAAAAAUGGUGGAAAAAGUAUAAAAUCCGCCAAUAUUUUGGGGGAAAUCCGCAAAAAAACUUAUUAGUGUACACUUUUGAUGUGAACAAGUCAGUUCAUUCUCCUUGUUCCAAAUUCAAAAAAGAAAUAGUUAUGUCGGAAGAUAAGUUGGAUUUGUGUCAUGUAUGUUGUUGCUGUUGGGAGAAGUUCGGUGUAAACAGUAAAUCUCUCAGAAAUGUGAACUCUACAGUAGAGGACUUGAUGAAACUCUACAUAUUCCCAGGGUUUCCUACAGAUAUUGAAGAUUAUCCUACGACCAUAUGCUCUAAUUGUCACAGAAAUCUAUUUUUGUUGAAGUCUGGAAAGAGUUCAAGGAAUGCCUGGGGUGAGAAGGUUUCUAAGAUCGAUUGGACUCAGAAGACAAGGAGAAUGCCUGUUCUUAAGAGAAAAUCAACAGAUGAAAUUCCUUCUGAAUCUCUCAAUCCUCAUCUCUGUCCUUCAUGUUUCACUAGGAAAGGAGCUGGAAUACAGCAUAAGUGUGGAAAAGAAGUGGCAGGAUGUAAUCUUCUGUUUCUAGCUCUAGCUCUUGGAUCUCUUCAAGCGGAGAAAGUUGCAGCUGGAAUUCUCCGUAAUAAGAUGGAAACUGAAGGAUUAGCAGAUGGAUCAGAGUUCUAUAUUUCCACUGGAGGAAAUCCUCUUCAUGUUAAAGUCGGAACUCCAGAUAAUAAUACAGCUAGAAGAACUGUGAAUCAGAUCGCUGUACAAAUCAUCAAACAGUUACAGAUAGUCUUGGAGCUUUCUCUCAAUAGAACAAAACAGAUGAUGGCUGUUCUACGAAAAGGAAUGGGUACGGCCACUGCAAUAGAAUCAAAUAUAUUUGGAAAACUACAACAGAUAGAAGACACAAUUACAGGAUUUUACCAAGUUCAGAAGGUGCAGUUUAAGAGCUCUGCAGAUUCGAUCCUUUCAAGAGAUCUAGUUUUUGUUCAAGACACAUCUUCUUUCAUUAUGCAUCUUAUCUCAGAACGCCACCUGGAUCCAUUUCAUACCUUGGUUAGAAUUUCUAUUGAUGCAGGAGGAUCUUUUCUUAAAGUAAUUGUAAAUGUUUUUGAACCAAAUAGUGAAUCUGGAAAGUUUCUGAACAGUGGAGUUCAAAGAUGUCAGAUACUUGCAAUAACAGAAGAUGUUCCAGAAUCAAAUUUUAAUCUAAGAACAAUCUUAGAUAAUCUGAAUCUCCAAGAUGUUGUCUUUAGUUUAGCAUUUGAUUUAAAAUGUGCCAAUGCUAUCUUUGGGUUAUCUUCACAUGCUGGGAAACGAGCCUGCCUUUGGUGUGAAGGAUUGGCAACUUCUGAACCUGGAGAACUGAGAUCUCUGGAAAGUUUAGAUUACUGGUAUAAUGAGUAUUCAAAGAAUGGUCAUGAUAAGACAAAGAUGAAAGACUGUAUGAAUGUGAUAAAUCCAAGAAUUUUGUAUAAAGAUGAAGAUCCAAAAUCCCUUCUUCAAGACUUAGUUCCACCCCCUGAGCUCCAUUUACUGAUAGGUUUUGUAUCCUUGCUGGGAGUAAGUCUUAUGGAUCUAUGGCCGGGUUUUGAUGAUUGGCUUAAGUCAAAAAACAUCCUACAGAGAGGAUAUCAGGGACGUGGAUGGGAUGAUAUGCUGAACAGGUUGGAGAAUCAAUUCAUGCUAAAUUCAAACCAACUUGGUCAAGAUAUAACAGUGCACGAACUGAACACCAGGGUUGAAUAUAGUAUAUUUUGUAGUGCACGAACUGAACACCAAGAUGCUCUAGCUGAAGAUGAUGGAAAGCCUGACUUGUACUCACGCAAGUCUUGUAACUACCUAGAACAAGCUGUUGGGACCUGUGCUGAUCUGCUUAAAGGAGAUUGCCACUCUGAGGAUUCGAUUGAGGCAAUGAAAGAUGAUCACAUUAAGGCGAUCCUUGAACAUUUAGAGGCAGCUGAAGAGUGGGAUUCUACUAAAUGUCCAGUGGCCAGUGAAUACCUUGCCGGUCUAGAGGGGGAAGAAGAUGGUGAAGAAGAAGAAGAAGGGAAAGAAGGAGAGCAAGAAGGAAAGCAAGAAGGAGAGGAAGAGGGAGAGGAAGGUGAGGAUGUAGGAGAAGGAGAAGAAGGAGAGAAUAGCGCUGAUAAAGAACCAAUUGAAGAUGGAGAAAAUGGAGAGGAAGAAGAUGGAGCAGAAACUGAAGGUAAAGGAAAUGAAGAGGGAGAAGGAGAUGGAGAAGGAGAAGAAGAAGAAGAAGAAGAUGGAGAAGAAGAUGAAGAUGAAGAAACUAACGGAGUUCUUCCAAUCUCUGUUUCUCUCUCUCUUAUACUAAUCUCAAUUUCCCUUUUCUAAUCUGAUUCCUAGAGGGGUCUACAGAAUUUAGUGGAAUGGUAUGGCUAGAACUAAGUAUAUGUUCUCUACUGUUGUUGAUAAAUAAAAUUUAAAUUGGGUGUCAAUACAACUGAACAAUAACCAUGCAAUAUAAAACUGUAUUAAUUAACUUUUCUGGAUAAAAACUCAUCCAUGCAAAUUCUGCUAUAUUUUGGGGACUACUGUAUACAUUGUGAUAUAAUUAAUUCGUUGUGAUCAAGUGAUAAUGUGAUAAAAAAAAAUUUAAACAGUUUUCCUUGAUGCCUUGAGCCAGCAUUCUUUGUUUUUGUUUUUUCAAAUAUUUUAAACCCCAAGAUCAAUCAGUCAACAUUCCACUGCAGCUAAUUCUGCUACAACACAUGGGCCCAAGGCCAACAUUUACAAUUUGUUUAAACAUUUAGAAAAAUAAAUAAUUUAAGAUUUA